AUUUCUCAACCCUAAUGUCUAUUAACUGUUUUGAUCAAUCAAUUGCUACGAUUGUGAGAUAGUGUGUCAAGUGACUGGGUAUGGGAGGAAAGAGAAAGAAGAGCGAAGGCAAAGGAGUGGAGGAAGAAGAUGCAGAGGCCUAUGGAGAGAAUUCUAGAUACAGUGACAGGAAGAAACAGAAGCAAGAGAUACUCCCAUCAAUGAUAAAGAACAAGGAGAAAAGAUCAGCCGUGCAUGCCAAACUCAAGCACCAGAAGUUGCUUGAUAAGCGCAAGAAGCUCAAGGCUCGCGAUGCUGCUGAGAAGCGAGCCCUUGAGCUUGGCGAGGAGCCUCCACCUAGGAAGACACCUCGUACCAUUGAGAAUACUAGGGAGUUGGACGAAACUGUCUGCAAGCCUGAUGACGAAGAGCUGUUUGCUGGUAAUGAUGUAGAUGAAUUUAGUGCAGUCCUAAAGGGCGAAUUGACACAGAAGAUAUUGAUCACUACAAGUCGUUUCAACUCUACUAGGGGACCGGCUUUUAUAUCAGAAUUGCUCUCAGUCAUACCCAAUGCACAUUACUAUAAGAGAGGAACCUAUGACUUGAAAAAGAUUGUAGAAUAUGCGAAAAACAAGGACUUCACUUCAAUUAUAGUUGUCCACACUAACCGCAGGGAACCAAAUGCUCUUUUAAUAAUUGGCUUGCCUGAUGGACCCACAGCCCAUUUCAAGCUCUCAAAUCUUGUUCUACGCAAGGAUAUAAAGAAUCAUGGAAAUCCUACCAGUCACGAGCCUGAACUAGUUUUAACUAAUUUUACAACACGUUUGGGCCAUCGCAUUGGGAGACUGAUACAGUCACUUUUUCCCCAAGAUCCAAAUUUUCGUGGUCGGCGGGUUGUAACCUUUCAUAAUCAACGAGAUUUCAUAUUUUUUCGACAUCAUAGGUACAUAUUUGAAACCAAGGAAAGUAAACAAAGCGAUUCAAAAGUAAAAAAGGCA